GACUACGUGGUUAGUGAUCGCAUGUGCAUUUUCGUGAUUUAAAAACUCUUGCGUUCUACUUCUUUUUCAUUUCAACAUUUAAGUGUUUAAAAGUAUUCUCAUCUCGUGAUUUUUAUUGGUAAAAAGUAAAUGUCUCGUUAUCGAGAAUGGGAUCUUUCUUGCAAAGUGUACGUGGGAAACUUAGGCACCAAUGCAUCCAAGUAUGAAAUUGAGAAGAUAUUUUCUAAAUAUGGUAGCAUCAGAAACGUAUGGGUUGCAAGGAAUCCGCCCGGUUUCGCGUUUGUCGAGUUCGAAGAUCCACGUGAUGCUGAAGAUGCAGUCAGAGGCUUAGAUGGAACGAGAUGCUGCGGUACAAGAAUAAGAGUGGAAAUGUCAAAUGGCAGAACACGACGGGACCGCAGAACCCGCAGUCGCAGUCCACGACGGCGUUCUUACUCGCGUGGCAGAUCAGGCUCACCUCGUCGGUCACCCUCCGUGCGCCGUCGGUCACCGUCUGUUCGCCGGUCUCGUUCCCGUGAUCGUCGCAGCCGCUCAGAUAGCAAGAGCAGGUAUAAUAGCCCCUACCGUCGGUCACCGUCACCAAGGCGCUCCAUUGAGCCACGUAGCAGAUCAAAUAGUAGGAACAGAUACUGAAAAGAUGACAAGUGAUUUGUUGAACUGGACCAUGGUUUUGAACUAGAGCAAAAAUGUGUGUGAGAGUUAUUUAAAGAUAUCAUUUCCUUGUUUAUAGCUACUAUAACUCAAUUUCUUUUUGUACAUUAGUGUUAUUGUAUAUUUUUAUUAUUAUACAUUCUGUAAUCUUUUUAAGUAGGGACUUAAGUUAAGGAAUUUUAAUUAAAAAAUUUAUAUAAUAUAAAA